AAUAUGUUGGCAGGAUGGAGAUUACCCUGAACUGGUUGGUAAAGUGGGCGUUCAGCAAGUAUUCGAUGUGCUGGAUGGAGAUCAGCACCACACUUCCUCUUCGUCAGGAGGCUCCUCUUCUACUCCACUCCGCCUUUCCGCAAGUACGCAGAUCCUCGAACACGGUGAGUCUUUCUUUCCAGUUACGAAUCUCCCGCUUCAAAAUUUGAAUCAAGAAAGAUUUCUUGAAAGGGUUACUGCCUAAUUCGUCGAGGCGUCUUCUUGCUGAGCUUUGAUACCAAAUGACACGGGAAUAUGACUCCAAAUUGAAGAAAACAAAAUAGAAAGAAACAAUGAAGAUGAACAACCACCACACAGAGAUGUCACCAUUCCAGGAUACACAAACAGAACUCAGCUCUGUAAAUUCUCUCAUUUCUUUUUCAAAAGUUUUCUUUACAAAAAAGGGUAUAUAUACCACGUAAAUUGCACAGGACAAGUUACAACCUUCAUGCUUAUAACCUUCGAAGUGAUUAUAUGUGCUAUACAAUGCUGAAAUUAAGAAAACAGAAACCGAAAUUUGCUGCAGCUACAUAUCUGCCUUUCUAUUUAGAUAUCACAUGAAUAUAUAACUGUACACUGACGCGUUAAAUUAUUAUACAAUUAUGUUAUCCAACUUUUAAGACUUCGAGCACCUAAUAAUUUGUGACACACAGACAUCAAUUUUAGUAUUCUAGACUUUAGCAAUGAAGCGGUUCGCAGGCGCAUUAUUAAUUUUUGAUUGAUCAGCGAUAAGACUGGAGUAGGCGCCACAGUAGAGAAACAAUCUUCGGUACUUUCACAAGAAGGUGCGUUCAGAUCCCCACCUCCUUCAUGUUCUUCUAUAUAAGAGAGAGUAAAGAAGGCCUUUUGAAGACCAAGAUUGCUCCUCACAAAGAGUAAGGUAAGGAUGAUUAGAGUUACUCUUGUAGGAAUUUUCCUUAAUUUUCUUUUGGAUCACAAUCAGCAGGCUCAAGCAGCUGGUAGCUUCAUCGGGACAAAUGGAGUCCAUUUUGUGCUUAAUGGAAAUCCAUUCUUUGCCAAUGGGUUCAAUGCAUAUUGGCUCAUGAACAUGGCAUCGGAUCCCUCUCAGAGAAACAAAGUUUCCAUUGCCUUUAAAGAAGCUUCGAUCAAUGGACUCACUUUAGCCAGAACUUGGGCUUUCAAUGACGGUGGUAGCAAUGCCUUGCAAUACUCUCCUGGAUCUUACAAUGAACAAAUGUUCAAGGGCUUGGAUUUUGUGAUUUCUGAGGCAAGGAGGUAUGGCAUGAAGCUUAUUCUUAGCUUCGUGAAUAACUAUGACGACUUUGGAGGGAAGAAGCAGUAUGUGCAGUGGGCACGGAAUCAGGGAGAGAGCAUUGGGUCUGAUGAUGAAUUCUUUACUAAUAAUGUUGUUAAAGGAUAUUACAAGAAUCAUGUUAAGACCUUGCUCACACGACAUAACACCUUAACUGGAGUUGCUUACAAGGAUGACCCCACAAUUUUUGCAUGGGAGCUCAUGAAUGAGCCCAGAUGCCUUUCAGAUAUGUCUGGGAAAACUUUACAGGCAUGGAUCACUGAAAUGGCUGCUCAUGUAAAAUCCAUAGAUAGAAAUCACUUGCUUGAAGCUGGUUUGGAAGGAUUUUAUGGGCCCUCAACACCUUCUGAAUUGCAAAUAAAUCCUGCUGGGUUCCAAGUGGGAACCGACUUUAUCGCCAAUAAUCAGAUUUCAGGAAUUGAUUUCGCCACACUCCAUUCAUAUCCAGACCAAUGGAUUGCAAACUCCAGUGAUCAAUCCCAGCUUCAAUUUUUGAACAACUGGCUUGAUGCUCACAUAAAAGAUGCCAGCAACAUUCUUCAUAAGCCGCUUCUUGUAACUGAGUUCGGCAAAUCCUGGAAGGAUCCUGGGUACAGCAGAUCCAAAAGAGAUGCUCUUUUUCGAACAGUCUACUCUAAAGUAUACUUUUCUGCAAGAACAGGAGGAGCAGCAGCAGGCAGCCUCUUCUGGCAACUCCUUGUUGAAGGACUGGACUCAUUAAAAGAUGGAUAUGAGAUUGUACUGAAUGAAACUAAGGUGAGAAUUAUAUCUAGACCGUGCCAGCAGCUUUGGCACUUUGUAAAAUUGUUAGCAAAGAAAAGGAAACAUUGUGAGGCUAGACAACGCAAAGGCCAUGUGAAAGCCUGCAGCGGGUGGUAGGCCUAAAGUACAUGAUGACCGAGGUUCAGUUGUUUCUGCUCUUAAAAAAAAUGCACUUCAUAUCAUUCUAUUCUUAUAUUUGACAGUGAUACCAUUUUAAUGCAGCUAGUAUUUCUCUUUAA